GGGAAACAAUCAGGAAUACCUUCACGGCAGACCUUAGCAGCUUGACUGUGUAUUUUGAUGCGUUUAUUUAUGUUUGGUUCGCCAUCAGCAAAUGGUUUCCAACAUUAGAAGUGCUUACAAUAGUUUUACACAGAGGCAGCAUUCGUGGUCAGCAACAACCCUGUAAAAGUGGGAAUAAUGUGUCGUUAGUUGCUGUGUGCAGGGUGCUGCUGUAGCCAGGGCGCUCAAUUUGAGAUUAUCAAUUUCUUCCUAAAUCAAUGUGCGUAAGGAGAGAGAGGUUUAUUUACAACCUGCAUUCCAGGAGCUGGACCAGCCAUAACAAAGGAUGGCUAGUUCCAGUGACUAUUGCCGCAGCAUUCUUCGGGUUUCUGUAGCCCAGAUUUGUCAGAAUUUGGGGUGGAAUGCUACCCAGACGUCCACACUUGAACUACUCACUGAUGUGUUGGAACGGUAUCUUCUUGAGUUGGGCAAGGUGUCCCAUCGCUACUGUGAGCAGUUUGGUAGGACUGAACCAAACCUUGAUGAUCUGGGAUUGACAUUUCGACACUUGGGCAUAAACCUAGGAGAACUGGAAGAUUAUGUCCGCCAUGUUGAUCCUGUGCCUUUUGCUCAUGAGGUUGUGGCUUUUCCUGCUCCCAAGAAGAAUAAUCUUCGCUUUCCUAACCCACGCAGCCGUGAGAUUCUGCAACAUCGUGAUGAACAUGUGCAUGAUCAUCUUCCCUACAUGUUUUCAGGCAUGGAAGAUGAGGUUCCUGAAGAACGAACAUCGUCUCCAGCCCCUCCUUCCCAGCCCCUUACCCAAGACAACACUUCUAUGGAUACCAGCAGUCCUUCCUGCACAGAAAAAAGACCAGCAUCUGCAUCCUUGGAUGGGCCUCCAAGCAAGCGAUCAAGGAUGAUGGUGUCAAAUCUGCCUGAAGAAGCAGGUCAUUCACAGUAUGAGAUGACAAGUGUUGCAAUGACUAAUGGUGGCUUUCUGACCCCAAUACGAGGUCAGGGCCGACUGCCUGAUUCUCGAACUCCUCCACCCACUAUCCGCCAUGCUAUUACCUUCACGGAAGGUCCUGGUGGGGCCAGCAAGAAUCUGGAUGGUUCUGAAGCCAACAAAGAAAAUAACGCACUAGAGCCAUCAACCAAAGAACCUGUACGUGUCAAUAUUGUGACUGGAAAAGAGCCGACAGUCUCCAGCAUUAGUGGUGCCAGUGGUGUUGGAGCAAACAGCAGCAGCAGUGGAAAAGCAGAUGUAGCAAAAUCAAAAGUAAAGAAAGAUGGUGUGAAGGUCAAGAAGACCAAGAAACCUGCAAGUGCAACCAUGCCAAUGCAAGGGGCAGGAAUCCACAAAUCUGUAGCUGAAGGUGCUCUUCAACAGACCCUCAUUGUUCCAACCCCUCCUCUGAAAAAAUUCAAGAUUCCUAAAAUCAAGGAGGGAAAAUCUAAAGGAGAGAAGGUUAAAUCAAGUACCAAGAAGAAAGUGCCAAGUCUACCACCAUCAGAUAAACAGGAGGAUGGACUUGAGCCAAGCCGAUUGAAAGAACUGCUGUUGUCGCCCAACAAAAUGAGUGCUUUGAACAGUGGGCAGGGUGGCUCUUCUUCUGAACAGUUGUCCAAAACAGUCAUGGAUUUGAACGAAUCUGUGCCGUCCCCCAAUUCUACUCAGGGUCUCAUGCAAGCAUUUCCACCAACAGACAUAUUUGACAGUCAUUCCUCCCGAGAGAACUCACCUGAACGACUUGUCAUUGCAGAAGCAGAAGGAAGAGCGCAGGAAAAGGAGGAAGAACGUCAGGUGCGUUUGAAGAACAUUGAGGACAGCAUCAAUGCUGUUAUCAGGGACUCAAUGGCUGUGAAGAAUGAACAGACAGAGGUGUCUGGUUCCAAGGUACCCAAGGCAAAGAAAAUGGUGUCUACUAAAGGAGAGAAGAAAGAGAAAGUGAAGAAGCAGAAAAGCAAAGGAAAAUUCAAAAGUGUGGAGUUUAUUGCAGAUGAUGUAUUGAAACGUGAAGCAGCAGAUGCUGCUGCUUUGGAUAAGUCCAUGAAUGACACUAUAGAUUCUGUCAUCAGACAGAGCAUUGAGCAGUCAUCCCAGAAGGAAUCUUUGGCUUCUUCUGUGCAGCCACCUGCAGUAGCAGCUGAGCAUGUGGCCAUAGACAAGAAAGUGCCCAAAAAGGUCAGCAAAAAGAAGCCGGACAAAGACAAGUCUCCAACGGUCAAGAAGAAGCUGAAGGCUAAGCUCCAGACAAAGACAGGCAAAGGAGGGGAGCUUGCAUCACCACCAUUGGAACCCAAACCAUUUGUCUCAGAUAAAUAUAGCACAGAAGAGCUGCAGGUGUAUGAGUUUGCUGACAGCCCUCAAGAAAUGCCUCCAACACGGCGGCCAUCUCAGGCAGCCUCUCCCCCACCUCCUGCUCAAUCCCAUCCCCCAGUGACCUCUCCACAUCCACCACCACCACCCUUGAUACCACCUCCUCCACCUCAUGUGGCUCCUGCAUUGACAGACGUGAAAUCUACUAUCAAGGCUCAGAAUGAAGAGGCUGGUCUGGUAACCUCCCCUCUGGCCUCAUCAGCCAGUGCUAUUGACAUUCUUCAAGUGAAGCCUUUGAAAAUUGAGAUUCCCAAGGAGAAAGAGCGACCUGAGGAGAAGAACAGGGACAAAGACAGAGAGAGGUCAAAGGAACGAGACCACAGGAAAGACAAGAAAGAGAGAAGAAAAGACAAAGAAAAGAAGAAAAAGAAUAAAGACAAGGACCGUGAUAAGGAGAGGAAAGAACGCCAUGGGCAUAAAGAGGAAAAGAACAAAGAGGACAAGGUGGGAGGCAACUUGAAAAUUAAGAUCAAGUUUGGCAGUGACUCUUUAGGUACCUCUUCCUCUGUGAUGGUGACUGAGAACAAAGCAUCACCCAUCGAUGCUGCUUUGAAGCAGGAGCCUAUGCCUUCACCACAGCGGCCAGAAAUUCUGAAAUUGGUCAUACGGCGAGACUCAGGUGACACCAGUUCAAGUCAGAAAAAGUCAGGAGGCACACAGAAUUCUUCUAAACUCUCCAAUCCUACACCACCCUCCAUGGUUCCUGUCAAGACUGAGCCUGUGUCCUCACCAUCAUUGCCACAGGUUACAUCGCCAUCGCACUGGUCUCCACUUUCAAAGACAAAGAGUCCACCAUCUCGUGGCAGAAGCAGCAGUCCUUUUCAUGGAAGCCCUAUGCGGGUGUCAGAGGAAAAGAAGACUGUAUCAAAGUCUGUCAGAGGAAGAUCACCUGUCCGGACUCAUCAAUCCUCUCCCAGAGAAACAUUUUCUUCAUCACCCUUUUGUUCGCCAGGGCCAGGUGAGAAAAAGAAGGCAUAUGCCCAUGUGCAUUCACCUCCACCUCCCACUCCAUCUCCACCCCCGAAGUCUCCUUCCCCCAUGCCCAGAACUCCCUCCCCUGCUAGACGCAGGCAUUCAAGUUCACCAGUUUCUGUGUCAUCUCCUUUACAACAUUCCCCCUCCCCAGCUCCUAAAUCUCCUACGCCAACCCCGAAGACCCCAUCAUUGUCGCCAGCCUAUCCUCCCUCUUCUCCGUUUCAUCCAGAUCAUUCCCCUCCACAAGGACGGGCACGCUCUCCAGCAGCUCGAUGUUUGUUUGGAGUUCCUGAAAAAGACAGCUCAUCCCAACCAUCUCCACUUUCUGUUGACGUUUUUAACAAAGAAUCUGCACCUGACCUUGAAACAGACUCACAGCAUGAACUUUUUGGUAAACAAAAAGGAAAGCCAGGUCGGCCCAGGUCCAAGUCACCCAGAGCAAAGUCUCCCAAAGGGCCAAAAUCACCCAAAAUAUCGGGCACAAAGACAAGCAAACCAUCCAAGUCCAGUGGUGGCAAGGGACGUGGGCGACCUCCAAAAGUCAAAACUGUUUCCAAGGUAUCAUCAGAGACUGUUACAGUGGAAAGCAGCCUGACUGAGGUCUCCUCUAAACCUGUGGGUGCUGUAAAAGCAGAAUUGAUGAAUGAAAAAGUGCCAGCUCCAGGACCUCCAUCGCCACUUUUCACUCCAGAUUCACCCGAGCAACAGGAAGAAACAACUUUGACCUCUGAUAAGACAAAAGGAGGAUCACAUGGUUCACAGUCAAGGCAGAGGACGGUUGAAGCUGAGACCCUGGGAUUUUUCAUCGACCCAACCACAGGCACAAAGAUAUGGGUGUGUCCUGCAUGUAAGAUGCAGGAUGAUGGUAGCCCUAUGAUCGGCUGUGAUACUUGUGAUGACUGGUAUCAUUGGGUCUGUGUCAACAUCGAACAAGAGCCUCCUGAAGAAGAAUCAUGGUACUGUCCACGCUGCAGUGCCAAAUCACGUGCUAAACCAAAGAUGUUAAAACCAAAAGGCAAGCGAGGCCGGAAGAAAAAAAUCCACUGAGGUUAACCCUAUUUGGUGAAAUCUGUUGCAGCUUUUGCCAUGCAGAGGAGUGUGAAACAGGCCCAGCAACAAUGUUUAACAGAUUAAAAAAUCUCUAAAUCUCGCUUAGGGUGUGAGAUGCGGUUAAACAUACAGGCUUGGCUUCUAUGCCAGGCAUUCUCAGAGGAUCAGAAAUUCAGAGGUGUCAUGAAUUUCUGGAACUUGCUGUGAAGGUUGUCAACCAGCCCUCAUUACAUAUUUGUUAAACUGGUUUUGAACAUUAGAAUCUGUUUUUGAUUUUCAGACAUUUCUGUGUACUCAUCAUUAUCCAGAAUAUGAAGCCCUUGGUUUUAGACAAGAAAUUCCAUUUCUGAGACAUAGGCAGGGUGCAGAGUUCUGUAAUUUUGAAUUUUGUAAUUCAGCUAAAAUGUGUUCCAAGACAAAAUGAGCUAGGAGCUCUGGCUAGCAGAAUCCAGUCUCAAGACCAAACUAGGGGAAUGCCAACAAUCUAAAAAGAAAGACUAAUUUCUUUGAGGUCAGUGGACUGUAUAGCAUGGCCAAUCAUUUACUGAAUGCUGAAGAAGGAAAAGGUGAACAACACGGGAGAGAUAAGAAAAUUGCAUGAAAGGUGGAAAAUGUUAAUCCAGAAAACAUUUUCAGAUAUUUGUUGAAAGAAGAAAGUUUUUCAGCAUUGAUAUCUGGUCUUUGGAUAUGUAUUUUGACUGUUUUUUUUUUCUGUGGGCAACAUCUAAGUGAAAUUCAGCAUGCUUUUUUAUUUUAAUGAGAUGAAGGUAAAAGUUCCUGUUGUGCUUUGAUAAUUAUAGUACUGAACCCUUUUCUUCGUUUUGUCUGUGAUGAGGUUUCAGUUUCAUUUUAAUUCUAAUGUAGUGUAAGUAGACCAGUUUUUUUCUGUGCUGGCACUUGGCAGAAGAAUUUGAGUCAUUGUCAGUAAGAAGGAAAGAUGUUAGACAUGCAUAUUAGUCAAUAGUUGCAGGAGAACAUCUCUGACACCUAUCACCUUGACACUUGAUUUCUUUGCUGAAAGCAUCAUGAAAUACAGAGGUAUACAUUUGCGAAUUGUCUGCAGCUUUUCAGAAAAAUGUUAGCCAUCUGAGUACCAAGUCUCUAUUAGAUUUGUCAAGUUCCCUCUGUGUCCAGUGCAUUAAUACUCUGUAAGGGAAAGGUUUAUUCAGAAAUAGCUUUCUCAUCAUGGGACAAAACAAAGACUAAGGCAAGCAUCAUGGACAAAAUCAUUUUAAAUCCAAGAAGCAGUUGUUCUGUGCUGAGGUAAUCAUGAAAUUAAUUUGGUAAAUAGUGUAUAGCAAAGUUUUUCAUUUUUAUUUGGAGUCCAGUUUAAAGCCUCUUUUAUUGACUUUGAUAAAGUGAUAACAUCUUUUUCACAGGGUUGUAGAUAUAGUGCUUUUCUAAAAUAAAACAUCCAGGAAAAAGGGAUGGUGAUUUUUUUUUGUGGGUUUUACAGGAUUGCUAAGAACAGCAGAUGUUUUCUUUUUUCACAUGUGCAUAUGUUUAUGUCUUUCAGUCAGUUGACCUGGUGAAAUGCUGUUAUUGAUGUUGUGACCAAAGAAUGUGCUUUUGGAUGCAUUUCAAAGCUGCUUUGAGCCACCCAUUCUUUAUCUCACAGCACACUUACUGUAGUAAAGGCCUAUUACAUAAAUGGUUUCUCACAUAGGGAAGACUUGGAAAGACUGGUAGCAUCAUUGAUACUAAAAAUGCCACACCUGCAAUUGGGAAAGACCCAAGAGCUAGGUGCUAGCUCCAUGAAAUGCACAGCAUGCUCAGGCCAGGAAAUAGUCAGCUGUGUCAGGCAGCUCGCUUUUGGGUAGACACGCAGGGAAAUCCCGUCCAUGUCCAGAGAUAAUGGUGGUGGCCUCCCUGGAACAUUUACUGCUCAUUUCUUGUAAGCAUCGUGGUAAACAGGUUUAUCUGGUGGCAUCUGUGACUUCAAAACAAAAACAAUACGUGUCUGAGGCUUCUUUUGCUUUCAGGCAGUAAUGUGGUUGGUUGCUUGCUAAAAAAACAUUUUGAAGUUAGUUCACGUGGCAGCAAGUAAUCUGUCUUUCCACUCUUCCCCUUUCCAUGCUGUCGGUCAAUUUGUGAUGUUGUACAGAUAUUUUUAUACUAGCACUGCCAAAGUUUUGGGAGGAUGUUGAUGCUAAUGUUCGAAAGAUUCAAGAUUUGUUAUGUAUUUAGAGGUUUAUUUUGUAAACAUGGUAUGUUUUGCAUCCAAGUGAUUUUGGUAAUUGUACACAAGAUGACGUGGCUUGAUUUUAUUUUUAAAUGAAAGCCCAAGCCCUGUACCAGAAUGCCAUCUGUGGCUUUGUAAAUUGCUCUUGCGUGGUGAAUACUGUUUCUUUCAAAGGCAGUCACUUUCUGCCAAGUUCUUAUCCAAAAUAAUUCUAGAUUGUAAGGCUUAGCAUUCAAAUGUUACAAAUUUAAUAGUAGUUUGAAAGAGGAGUGAUGUGGAGGUUCAGAGGAAAAGAGCAGAAUUUGCAAGUGAAUUGUUGGCAAGCCAUGCACAAAACCAGAUUUACAAAUGAGUAGGCCUGUUAUGUGUAAUUAUUUGAAAACUGACAUCAGAUGAAAGACUGAACACUGGAAUGAAUGAAAAAUGGUCAUUUUUUCUGCUUAAUUUAAAAAAAAACUAUCAUAUUGGUUGACUACGAGAUAUUGUUGAACACUAUUUUAAGCAACAUAACACGCAGGACUUGGCACGGCAAGUGGGGCAAACUGUUCACAUGCCAUUAUGGUUUCUUUGACUGGAAGUUUGUGAUGUUAAUACACUUGGCGAGUUUUUGGUGACAAGUUUUGCAGCUUAAUUAGCUUGCUAAGAGUUGGGUGUCACAAAUGUUACCACUUUGUGUCCAGAGGUUGAAGGCUGUAAUUUUUUGUUCAAAGUGGUUACCUUAGCAUGACUGAUGUAUGUUGUUUGGUGUAAAUUGCAUGUCAGCUUGUCAGGAUUGUUUUCCUGGGGUGUUUGCACAUAUUUAGAUGGUUUAAUAUGUGUAUGUUAUAUAUGCCAAAUUGAGACUUCAUUCCCUCCAGUGUAAAUGAUCUUGAUGUGAGCAUAUUUUAGCAGCAAGGAUGCAGUUAAUUUCUCCUGUCGUUCUGAUUAAAUGACUGGUAUAAUGGUAUUGUUUUGUGUACAUUGUGCCCAUGCAUAAUCUUGUAGAACAUCUAUUUCAAUUGUAGCCAUUGUGGAUAGAACAGCAUGCUUGGAAAAAAAGUGCUUUCAAGUUUCUUUAGCCAACUAUGGGCUAGUGUCAUGUUGCAGACGAACUUUGGGAGUGAGAUAGGGGAGGGUGAAUGUGGUCGCCCCAUUUUCCCCAGAGUAAACAAAAAUAGAAAACUUUAACAAAAUAUUGCUGCUGAUCUUCAGGUUGCUUGGAAUUAUAGCAGCAUAUCAUGUAAUUUGAUAACAUUUUCUAACCCAGAACCAUCUUGUCAAAGAUGGGGUUUGGUGUUGUCCAUGCUACCUUAGAGAUCACAAUUUAUAACUCUUUUUCUUUUUUUUGGUGGGGGGUAGGGGUAAACUCUGUGGGCAAGAAAAUUUCCAGAGCUUAUUUAAACUCCUCUACCACUAUUUUUUUUUUUGUCUUUUUAGUUUGCAUUAAACAUUCACCUCCCAAUGAAAAAAAAACCUGAUUUCUCACCCCCCCCCACCCCUUCAUUGUCCAUUUACAUCUCUUGCUGUUGGUCUUUCAUAAAUGUCACAAUUGAAUUUGACAUACAUUUUGCAUUGCACUGCGUUUUUGUCCCCAAGGCAGCGAGAUUUUUUUCUGAAAUUUUUUUUCUAUAUCCUAUCUUACAUAAUUUUACUAAUGUGAAAAACAGAAGAAAAGUGGUUGAUGAGUGCAAAGUACCUCACUAUUGUGGUGUGGUAUUUAGUUAGCUAAUUUGAUGUAGGUGCUCCUGUUUGUGCCGCUUUUAAUUUGAUGGCUGGUGUACAUGAAGUGUUGCAGGAUGGUGCCUCCAGAUCUUGAGAUGUACAGAUGUUUGAUGAUUCACCAGGCAUCCAGUGUAAUGGUGAUGUCUUGCUACAAAAAUAGGAGCCAACUGUAAAUAGGGUUAGGACUAAUGUCCAGGAGCAGAAAAUUCUUUUAUGUGCAUAGUGUCAGAAUUUUUUUAAUGCUGUUUCAUGCCAGAGCUUUGAUAUUAAGGCCGCUCAUAACCAGUUAAGGGUUCACAUAAAAAAGUGUUGUUGAUCACCAGUCAUAAAAUCUGUGUUGGGCUUAUUACCCAAUAAGAUCAGAUUAAUUUUUGUUUACAUAGAAAUGGAAAAGGAAAAAAGCUACAGAUGAAAUGAGAAUGUUUUACAUCAGGGGUGCCAACCUACAGCCGAGUCACAUCUGGCCCACUUGUUUUAACCAGACACAACAGUUCAUUUUUAACAUGAUGAUUCUGGCAAAACUGCCAUGUCCUGAUCUGUGAGAUUUCGCUGUAGUAGAGCCAGGAUUUAGAGAUGGCAUUGCAGUCAUGAUGUCACCCUGUAAUCUUUGGAUUUAUGUUUAUUAGGUAUUUAGUGUGGCACUUCAAACUAUUGUAAAGAAAAAAAAAGGUCAAAAAGGUGUCAACAACUGCAGACACUGGGGAUUUCUUAUGACUGAUAGAUGGGAGACUUCAGGUAUUUAAAAUAAAAUCACUUAAAAAGUAGAGUGUGGAAAGAAGACAGCAGCUAGCUUAUAGCUUUUUUUCUUUCAUUGUAUACUUGAUCAUGUAUACAUGAGAAAGGUGGUCAUCACCAGAAUACUUGCAUUUGAAACCAGGAAGGACAAUUGCUGGUUCCUUGAAAAAGUGCAAUCUAUACUUCCACUUAAAUUGUUUUGAAGGCCUUUGUGGUAAGAACACAGUGUACUGUGUUGCACCUCUGCCACAGACAACACUGGAUGGCCACAAAGAAUAGUGGUCAUACCAAAUUAAGAUCCAAUUUCAGUGGGUGAGGCAUUGCUGUGCAUUUAGAUUUUUGUUCACCUAGCGGAGGUGCUGUGUGAUGUGAUUUGCAGCUUACCUAGCAUGAGAUGUGUGUUUUAUUGGUACUUUUAAUUGUAAUAGCCAGUUUCCUGCAUUUAUUUGAGACAGUUUGAAGGCAGCUACUUCUUCCGUUUUUUUCUUUUCUUUAUUUUAAAUAUGUAUGUAUUCAGGGCAGUAGGCUUGUGUGUGGGAGUGUGAAAGUUCAGAUCGUGAUGAAAUAUACUUCUUUGUAGAUAGCUUGAGAUGUUGUAGAUUAACACUGCUGUGCCUCUAAACUUUCAGCUUCUGAAGCAGGGGAUGGUGUCUGGAAAGAUAUCGAUGAAACUUCAAAAAAGAAAACUCAAUUCUUAAUUGCAGUUUUUCUGCUUGGGUAAAAAGGUGUAUUUUUUAGGUCGACAACAUGACAGCUCUGUUUGCCUGUGAAGUACUGAUAAGCCCAAUGGAGAAUCAGUUGGUGGCUAAUUCCCAAUGUGUAACUAGUCAUCUCAUAGCUGUCUAAUGAAGCGAGGUUCAGGGGCACAGUAGGUCCUGUGGAACUGCACUAAGAAGCUUGUGAUUUUAGUUUUCUUCCCUCUUGUUUCCUGAAUGUCACAGGUGAUUUUGUUGUUAACUUGUGUGAAUAAAGCACCAUUGUCAGUUUGGCUUUUUAAAAAAAUCUUUAAAGAUAUUCAGGAAAAUGCUCACUUGACAAUUUUAAGAUCACACAUUUAUCCUUCAGUCAGCUUCAUUCACUCACAUAGAACACAAAAGUUUAAAAACUUUAACAACAUGCAUUUCAACUUUUCACCAACGAUUUGACAACCCAACAGUGACUCAUUUCACUCACUCAGCUGACAGGAUUCAGACACUUUCACUACCAACAACCCAUCGUUACUCAAGUACUUCAGCUUAAGACCCGAAAAAUACUUACCUGUCACUCAUCAGUUAAAAAAUAAAUUAAAACAACAGUUAAAAACAUGUUGCACUUCUCAGUUAAACACUUUGCUUCUUUGGAUUCAAGAGCUACUAUUAAAGUUAAAAACAGAUUAUUAGAAGGUUGUUAUAAUUUAUACUCCUUUGGCCACUGGGG